UGGCUCAAACUGUGCUUUUGUGACAUUUUGCUGUAGAUCCUUCGAAGACAUGGCUCCUGCAAAGGCAAUGAAGGCUAGCAAGGCCAAGAAGGUUGCCACGAAGGCCAUGAAGGGUCAGAAGGCUAUGUCCAAGGGAGGUCUUACUGGUGAGUUGGCCAAUGCCACCGAGUUGAAGAAGGCUGAGAUCACAAAGGUGUUGAACGCGUUGGCAGAGAUUGGUGCAGGGGAAGUGAAGAAGACUGGCAAGUUCACUCUUCCAGGGCUCUGCAUGAUCAAGACUCGUCAGAAGAAGGCCACCAAGGCAGGCAAGAGGAUCAUGUUCGGCAAGGAAAUGGUGGUCAAGGCCCAGCCAGCCAAGACUGUUGUAAAGGCAUUUCCAGUGGCCGCUCUCAAAAGCCAGAUCUGAGGCCAUGGUUGUUUAGGCCAUGGAGCUGUAGCCAAAAACGGCUAGUGGCACCUUGGGGGUUUGGAGCUGAACUAGUUGUUUGAGGCUCAGCCUUUUGUACACUAUCGUUGGACGACAUGACAGGCAAUUGUUGC